CCAGCAACUCUCUCAGCUCCCUCUACUUUUCAUUUAAGUCGGUGGAUGUUCCUUCGCUCCGUCUCCUCUAUCACCAAACCCUUUCGAAGAAUCGAGUCCCCGAAACAACUCGCACGCAGAAUGGCUGUUCUCCCCGACACCUACGCCGACCCCGUCCGUAUCGCGGUCAUCGGCGGUACUGGUCUUCGCGAACUCCCAGGCUUCACUCAAGUCGCCUCUCUCAACAUUCAGACCCCAUGGGGCACUCCCUCCUCCCCGAUCACCAUCUUGCACCACACCCACAAGGACAAGACCGUCGCCGUUGCCUUCCUCAGCCGACACGGUCUGCACCACCAGAUCGCACCCCAUGAGGUCCCCGCGCGGGCUAACAUCGCUGCCCUGCGCUCCAUCGGCGUCCGCACCAUCAUCGCCUUCUCCGCCGUCGGCAGUUUGCAGGAGGAGAUCAAGCCGCGCGAUUUCGUCGUCCCAGACCAGGUCAUCGACCGCACAAAGGGCAUCCGGCCGUUCACAUUCUUCGAGGGAGGCGUUGUCGGCCAUGUUCCAUUCGGCGAUCCCUUCGACGAGAGCGUUGCCAAGAUCGUCCGCGCCUGCGGACACAGCCUUGAGGGUGAGGGGGUGAAGCUGCACGACCGCGGCACGCUGAUUUGCAUGGAAGGGCCUCAGUUCUCGACCCGCGCCGAAAGCAAGCUCUACCGCUCCUGGGGCGGCUCUGUGAUUAACAUGUCCUGUCUUCCCGAAGCCAAGCUCGCCCGCGAGGCUGAGAUCGCCUACCAGAUGAUCUGCAUGUCGACCGACUACGACUGCUGGCACGAGUCCACCGAGGACGUUACCGUCGAGAUGGUCAUGGGCAAUAUGAAGGCCAACGCGGUGAACGCAAAGCACUUUGUCACUGCUGUUCUUGACGAGCUGGCGGAUGACCGCAACGCGGAGCUUGUCCAGGCGAAGCAAUACGCGGGUUCGGUCAAAUUCGGGCUCAGCACAGCGCAAGCCAACUGGUCGCCUGAGGCGAGGGAGCGGAUGAACUGGCUUUUCCCGGGGUACUUUGAAAUAGAUCUGUAUAUACGAUAUUUGCUGUUGAUUCAGCGAGAUAUAGACCUUACGAGCUGGAAUUAG